UGCUCGAGAGCUUGCAUGCCCACUGACGCUGACAAUACCUGCCUAGUGUAAACACACCUGCUCUCUCUGAUGGGCUUAAAAUGAAUUUAGUGUGCAGCUGAAGGAGUCUGCUCGUAGCCGUGUUCAUCAAAUAGACCCUGGUGUCCAGGGACAUGAAACUCAAUCCACAGCAAGCUCCAUUGUAUGGGCAGGGUGUUAUCACGGUGCAGCUCGCUGAUGAGGAGCUAGCUGCAGAUGAGGAGGGCGUCGACUACUUCCUUCUGUUUGCUGGCAGCACACAAAGGCACCUGACCAGCACCCUGAGGAGCAGUCAUGACACCUUGCAGGCAGUGUGCCCCGCUCAUGACUGCUGUGAGGGGGUGCUGGUCACCUUGUGCUCUGUUGCCCGAGUUGUCACCGAGGUCCCGGAGGAGCUGAGCGUCGGAUGUGUGGCUCCACUGGCCGAGCAACGAUUCAGCUUUGUCCAGGAUUUGGCUUUUGACAUGGCCCAGUUUCUGGUGAGCACGGCGGGCCGGACCAACGCACUCGAUGGGGCACUGAUGCUGGAUGAGUGUCAGAUUCCCCUGCAGGAGUGUGAACGCCUGGACGAGAGCCUGGCGCUGGCCCUCCACCACCUCGCACUGCCUCCAGGAUGGAGCUUACUGGGAAACAAACUAACCAACAGCACUGAACUGAAUCCGCAGGAGACUCUGCUGCACUUCUCAGCCCGUCGAGGCCUGUUUCGGGUCACAAACUUCUUGCUGCAGCAGCCUGGAGCUAAGCAAGCCCUGAGAUUGUCCAACAGACAAGGCCACACGCCCUCCGCCGUCGCUGCUUCACGGGGACACCGACGUCUCCAUGAGCUCCUCACAGAGGCUCACACGGACGCAGAGAAAGGAACUGCGGCAGGCCACCGGGUCUCCACAGACGCCCGGGUGAUUUGCCACCUCCCCAGUCUGAACACACACACUCUGACGGUAAGGAUCCGGCCCGGCCGCGAACCUCCGACCCUUCAGAAGAGCGUGGAGCAGCUGCUGCACCUGAUAUGCCAUCUCCAUGCCAAGGGAGUUUCUGCACUGGACCUGGAGUUUGAUUGUCUGCACACAGCUGCCGAAUGUUGUGAUGGCGUAAAAACAGAGGAGACCUGCGUGGGGAAAGUACAGCAGGCCAACGCAUCGAAGUGUUCGGAUACAACAGCCGAAGGCAGCUGGGUAGAAAACUGCCCGGUGGAAAGCAGCUGUACUGAUCUAGUUCACGGUGAGACUGAGAAGGCAGAGAAAGACUGGAGUUCGUCUGUGAGCACUCCGACAUCAGAAGUACGCCCCGAGGAGCAUGGCCUCGCUUCCCUAGAGGAGCGGGUGUGUUUUAGUGCAAACACUGAGAGAAAUUACUGCCAAACAGAGGAGGAGGGAAGAGACCAGCCGGUUGUUUCCACCCAGAGUCUGAGUGAAGGAGCUCGGAGUGAGGAAGAAAGGGCAAAUCUGACUGCGGGAAUCCUACCACCAGCAGGCUGCGGUGAACAGGCAGAGGAAACUGAUAUAGCAGAGGCUGUGAUCCAGGAAGGACAGGAGGCCACAGAGGGAGAGGACAGAUCUGAGCAGGAAGAGGAGCACAGCACAGCCAGGAGGAAGCAGGAGGAGGAGACCAACUGCGAGUCAACAGAUCGUAUAACGCCCAGUGGAGACACGGAAGCUUUAGUCAUGGGCCAGUCUCCGUCGUCAGAGGGCUCAGAGGUUUCGGACAACUCUGAUUCUGAAAUGAAGGACUGCUGUCAUGACGAAGAGACUCUCGGGAGAGAAGAGAUGAAACUUAAUGAAGCCCUCUGUGAUGUGCUCUCUUCAGAGAAGACGGCGAAUGACGGGUUAACAGAGCCCGUAUCAACCUCAGGGGACCUCCCCAACCCAUCGCUGAUAGACUCUGGUGAUGUAAUCGGGGAGCCCGAAUCUGCUUUUUCACGUCUCCUGAUAGAAGGCCUCCACAAGGGGGAACCUCCACCAGACAUAAACAGCCUGGAACAAAACCAGGAAACAGCUGGCAGGGAUUACGCUACAGAGCAGCAGCGGGGCUCGGCUCCAGAAACAGAUUCUGGGAAUUGUACUGGAACAGCAAAUGCUAAGGAACUAGAUGGUCAGGAUGUAGAUGAACCUACUGGAUGCCGUGUUGAAAACUCUCCUUUGCCUAUGGAUGAACCUGGCGAAACAGCAGACGGUCAGACUGCUGGUAACUCCAUAGAAGAUACACAGACUGAGCAAGUUGAGUGCCCGGCCCAGGGCGUCUCCAGUGACGACGAUGGCAGUUUCCAAUCGGUCGGAAGCUCAACCACAGAACUAUUCCACCCCACUCAAGACAAUGUCACUAUGGAGGAACCGGUCUUGGCUCAAAGCAAGACAGCAGAACUUUCCUCAGUAGGAUCCAUCAUGGAGGAAUCAAAUGAUCUGACACCUGGUGAACGUGUUGCACCAGGUUCUCCCACCAUGGAGGCAGGGCAGCACUCGGAGCCGGGCGCUGUCAGUGCGGCGACAGUGACGGACUGUAACUGGACCGGUGCUGACUCUGAAACACAAACGCCGUCCGGCACUCAGACAAUGGGGGCCUUGAAUCCCGAGGGCACGGGAGAGGACCUCGACGCGGAGCUUUCCAAAGAUUAUUUGUCGCCGCAUCCAGUGUUGUCAGAGUGCGAGGACUCCGGAGAGGCCAAGCGCUCUGACCUGAAUGCAGAGGUUGAGCAUUCGGCGUCAGAGGUCACCAGGGGGGGCUCAUUUGAACCGCGUCGGUCGGUUGCAGAAGAGACCGAAGUGAACGUCCCAGUUGGAGGUGAUCAUCCGUCAACGGAGGCCGGUGUUACAUCUGUGGUGGCCUCAGGAGAGGAGAGUGGGCAUGUGCAAUGUGUGCUACAGGAUCAUUUGGAGAUGAAGGCGGAUGAAAGGUCACCUGACGAGGGAUCAAGGCACUCGGAGCAUCAGAUCAAUGUGUCCACGUCACAAAGCAUCGCCCUGCUUUCAGAGCCACAAUCUCCAAACAACGAAACAUCCAAUGAGCCCCUUGUCGAGAACGAUGUGACUGAAAAUCCAAAGACGCCCGAUGCAGUGGACGGGGCCUCAGACAGCCACAACAGUGCAACCCGAGGUGGGCCAACGCUGAUUGAUCUCAGUGCAAGUUCAGAGGUUGAUGUCAUCAAGACUGAAGACGCCGUAAUCGCUGCAGGGAAUGAAGAAAAUGACACCGCAGAGGAAACCGACUUCUCCACGAUCCACCGAGAUAGAGAGGCGUCGUUCCCUCAGCCCUGCAGCUCUCAGCACUCAGGAUCCUCACAUUCCUCAGCGUUUUCCAGUUUGCCCAGUAGGACGGGCAGCACCACCAGUUGCCCCUCCACAACUCACAGGGACUCUGGCAGCGACAUAGAAAGCUUCCUCAACGCAGAGCCGGGAUGUGACAGCGUCUUCAAAAAGAGUGAUGAACCAUUGACAGGAGGCGACACUGCCAGCGAAGUUUCCGUCUCCUGCUCCUCCACAGACGACACCGCCAGCCUCGGCCCGCCCAGCUCCAGUCCUGAGGGCAGCCAGGGUCCGGCCUGUAGCUGGAGCCCAGAGGAGGGCAUCCAGACUGGGGCUAAUACCUGUGCAGAACCGGACGGUGGAGGAGGAGGUGGAGCGGGAGAAGCUGAAGAAGAGGCUAAAGACAGAGUGACAGAGGUGCCGCGGCGCUCUUGUCUCCUCCGGAACAGCAUCCGCUCCCUGUCGCCUCUUCGCCGCCACAGCUGGGGUCCUGGAAAGAACAACGGCGCCGACACGGAGAUGAACCAGAGGAGUUCCAUCCGUAGCCCUGGUGAGGGGAAGCCGACCUUUCACAGGAGAAGCAUCAGCUGGUGCCCUCCCAACGCCCCCCACAGUCUCCGUGUGGAAGUAGUUAGUUCCCUCAGCUACAGCCUGGAGGGGCUCAGUGGGGUACAAGAAGAGCUGAGGAGCCCCACCGCCCAGGGGCCCCGAGUCCUGGAGCCUUUAAGGAGGCCUCGGCAUGACAGCGACGACAGGGGCUCUCUGGUUUCCCUGACAGAGGAGCAGGAGGAUCUGGGGGAGCAUGGAAGACUACAGGAAGCGAAAUCAAGGCGAUAUCGGCCCCUGCGAAACAGCUGUUCUCCCAUGACCCUGCCCCUCACCAAGUCUGUAUCCAUGCUCGCAAUCAGCCAGCGAGACAUUGAUGGUAUGAGGUCGUUUUCCAGCACCUCUGGGUCACUAGCAUACAGUAUAUCAGAGGAGGAGCCUGGGCCUCUGCGGAGCGACACUGAGGGAAAGACUGCGACGAAAGUCAGCCGGACCUUCAGCUACCUCAAGAACAAGAUGUACAAGAAGACCAGGGAAAAGGAGCGAGAGAAACGGGAGAAGGAGAAGGAGGGCAAGGAGAAGGACAAGAAGACGGUGAACGGUCAUCUGUUCACAGCGGUCAGCUCGGGCCACGCGGCCCAGUGUUCCCAGUGCAGCAGGGCCUUGACCAGCAAAGAGGCCUUCCACUGCACACACUGUAACGCUUCCGUCCACAAGGGCUGCAGGGACAGCCUGCCUGUUUGUGCCAAGGUGAAGAUGAAGUUGCCCAAGCAGCAGUUUGCAGUACCAGAUUCGAGCUCCUUUCCCACAGUCACCAUGAGGAACAAAUCUGGUGGGACGAGGGAGCGCCCCUGGUCGGCCAUCUUGUCCCCUGAAGAUCAUUCUUCGCUGAUUAUCCCAUCAUCACGGAGACACAACAGCAUCAUGAACUUCCACGGCAACAACCUGUCAAAGAGUCUGUCAAUAAGCAACAUUGCAGGUCCGGUGUUUGACGAGAUGCCCAUUAAAGGCCUGCGGUAUCUCUCCCAGUCCACCGACUCCCUCAACAGAACCAACCAGGUCACAGAGUCCAUGGAGUCGCUCACUGAUGAAGGGACGGAGAUGAUGGACGGGCAGCUGAUGGGGGAGUUUGAGGCGGAGGCCAAGGAGCUGGAAGCUGAUUCGUGGAGUUUAGGCGUGGAGCAGCAGUACCUGCAGCAGCUGGACAAGGAGCUGGUGAAGAGACAGGAUGUCAUCUACGAGCUGAUGCAGACGGAGAUGCAUCACAUCCGGACGUUGCGCAUCAUGUCGGAAGUCUACAGUAAAGGCCUGCAGAAGGAGGCACAGCUCGAGCUCCAGACAGUGGAGAGGCUGUUGCCUGCUCUGGACGAGCUUGUGGAGCUCCACACGCAGCACCUCCUGCGCCUCCUGGAGAGGAAAAGAGAGUGCCAGCUGGAGGCAGGAAGCCUGGAGGGAGGAUUCAUCAUCAACAGGAUAGGAGACAUCCUGGUCAGCCAGUUCUCCGGAUCCAGCGGUGAAAGCAUGAGGAGGAUAUACGGGAGAUUCUGCAGCCGUCACAACGAGGCAGUCAACUUGUACAAGGACCUGCUGACCAAAGACAAACGCUUCAAAGCCUUCAUCAAAAAAAAGAUGAGCAGCAGCAUUGUGCGCAGGCUUGGUAUCCCAGAAUGCAUCUUGCUGGUGACCCAGAGGAUAACAAAGUACCCCGUUCUGAUUCAGAGGAUGCUGCAGCACACUAAAGAGAGCGAGGACGACUUCGAAGACCUGACGGAGGCCGUCCGGCUUGUGAAGGAGGUGAUCGCGGCCGUCGACAGCAAGGUGAACGAGCACGAGAAAAGGCGGCGUCUGAAGGACUUCCACGGCCGCAUGGACGGCAAGUCCAUCAUGAUGAGGAAGAGCGGCCAGAUCUUCGCCAGAGAGGACCUGCUGAGGAGGAGGCUGAUCCACGACGGAGCUCUGCAGCUGAAGAACAGCCAGGGAAGACUAAAGGAUGUCCAUGCUCUGCUCCUGUCAGACGUCUUCAUCUUCCUCCAAGAGAAAGACCAGAAAUAUGUCUUCGCCAUGCUGGACCAGCGCUCCACGGUUAUCUCCCUCCAGAAGCUGAUCAUCAGGGAGGUCGCUAACGAAGAGCGCGGCCUGUUCCUCAUCACGGCGGGAAUCGAGAAGCCGGAGAUGAUGGAGGUCCUGGCCAGCUCGAAGGACGAACGCAACACCUGGAUUCAGCUCAUUCAGGAAGCCAUGCAGUCCAUGGAGAAGGAUGAGGAUGAAGGGAUCCCCAGUGAGACGGAAGAUGACAAGAGACAACUAGAGACUAAAGCCAAGGAAAUGAGAGACCUGCUGAGGCAGAAAGACACAGAGAUCAUGUCUCUGUUGGAGGAGAAGGUGCGGCUCUUCAGGGGGAUGUGGGAGGGCUCGAGUCCAGCCGCAGAGGCCUGCCAGCAGGCCGAGCCUUUCUUCCGAUCAGCCUGUAGCCUGGAGCCGCCCAGAGGGGCGUCCAUCAUGAAGGAUGCCCUGCAGGAAGUGGAGACGUUACAGGCACUGGUGAACGGCAGCCUGGGUGGAGCGAUGGCCAGUGUCCAGGAGGGAGUAGGCGUGGGGCCGGUGUGUUUGCCCCGUCGCGCCGAGACCUUCGGAGGCUUCGACAGUCACCAGAUGCACAGCAGUAAGAGUGGAGACAGAGACGAGGGGGAGGAUACGGUGGGAGACCUGCGCAGGACGGAGUCUGACAGUGUUUUGAAGAAGGGAGGAAAUGCCAACCUACUGCUGCUGCUGAAGAGGAACAGUGAGCAGGUCCUCCACAGUGUCUCCAAUCUGCAUCUCCUGCUCAGCACUCUGCAGGCGGUGGUGGUCCAGCAGGACAGCUUCAUAGAGGACCAGCGGCAGGCCCUGAGCGAGCGCUCCUCCUCCUGCACGUCCCUGUCGCGGCCGCCCUCGCGGCCCAGCUCCCUGGUUGAGCAGGAGAAGCAGCGCAGCCUGGAGAAGCAGCGGCAGGAGCUGGCGUCCCUUCAGAGGCAGCAGGCAGCUCAUGCCGAGGAGAAGAGGCGGAGGGAGAGGGAGUGGGAGUUCAGGGGAGAGCAGCUGAGUGAACGGGAGGUGCUGGUCCACAUUCAGGAGGAGGAGGUCCUGAAGCAGCACAAGAAGCUGGAGCAGGAGAAGCAGGAGCUGCACAGGAAGAAGGAGGAGUACCAGAAGGACCUGGAGAGGCUGCGGGACGCACAGAGGAAGCUGGAGCGGGAUAGGGAGUCUGUGCAGCGGCACCUCGACAACAUGGGGGAGCUCCGUCUGGCCGAGAGGACUCCCUCCACGACGUCUGAUGAUUCCCAGUUCCCCGGCAGCUCCCAGUCUCUGGAGGCCGACCCGCUGGAGCUCUCCUCCUCCUGCUCCCUGCCCAGUCCGCAGCCCCAGCAGUCCAAGCCCAAAGGGAAAAGCCUCAAUCCCUUCACCUUAUCCUCCUCCAACGCCAACGUCAAGAGUGGCGAGGCCAACCACCAGAUCUCAAAGAGCCUGCUGCAGCUGGCCAAGAGCAAGAGCAAAGAGGGGAAGGAGAAGAAGAAGAAGAAGAAGGGCAAAGGAGGCAGCGGGCAGACAGGAGAUCCCCAGCACCACCCCGAGCCCCCUCUGGACGGAGAGAUCUUCUUCUGCUGAGGGAAGAGUGCUCCUCACCAUCCUCAUCAUCAUCAUCAUCAUCCUCAUCAUCAUGCCAGAGGAAUGUGUUAUUGCUUAGUAGUAACACACAUAGCUGCAGUGUGCUGCCAGGUUUUUGUGGCACCUUUGAAAUGACAUUAAAAAAGACUCUUUUUAUUUUUAUUUCCCCCAUCAUAACACAGAGCAGUUAAAGAUUACAUGCAAGUUAAAUCAAACACCACUUUUUUCAGUUUUUGUAAAGUAGAAUAUGUUUGAGGGGGGGUUCUGUUAUCGCGUGCGAGCCGGCAUACGUGCACUCGCAGUGCUUUAAAACAGGGACUGUGGAUUAGCUGCGCACAUUCAGAUAUUGUUUCCUUUUUCCAAAGAAGUCUUUUUCAUUUCUUCAUUUCGAAGAAAAAUAUGCUUUUGUGACAGCUCCGUAUCUCAAUGAAAACAUUUCACAGCAAGCUGCCUCACAAGCGCCACCCAAGUAUGUAAUUGUCCUAACUGCCUUCCUGCGUACAACCAGCCCCCCAUCUUCAUCAGUCCGUCCAACAUCCACAAUACACAGAAUCACGUGGCUUUAACCGCACACAAACACGGACGCAUUCCGAAUGCAACUGCAAACGCCUCACUCCUAAUCACCUUCAUUGAUUAUAGAGGACUGAGGCCUCAUCUGCCAAAACGUCGUGUCCUAGCAACAUUUCUUAAUGUUUCCAGUGUUUCGUUCCACAAUGCUUCUGCAUAAAUCCACACCGAGAGAGGAUUGGAGCCUGGCGGUCCUUUUACUCACAAUUUGAAAGGCGGAUGAGAUUACCGACUUUAACUUUGUCUCCAGUUUGGAAGCGGAACAGGGGACGGCACGACAACCUCAGUAAUGCUCAACGAUGACUCCGUGCCGUCAAUCAUGUUCCCUGGCGAGGUUGUAAUUUAUUUGAAUCGCAGAUGUCUUCAUUCUGGAGGGAACACUCUUCAGACGUUGGCCGUCUUGUUUUUCCAGGCUCAACAGUACGGAGCAUAUCUACCUUUGUCUCAUGGCUCAAUUCAUGUCUUCAAGCGUGUUUAAGAGCCUUGGAUGGAUAUUAGCUUGAUCCCCGCUUUAUCUGCCUGUCAAUGGGCUUUUUAUGCAGCCCUCAUCUUUCAUCCGAGCGCAGGCGAAGCAGGCUUCCCCUUCAUGUUUUUUAAUUGCAUGUGACUCAUGCAGGUCGCAUACUGAUGGCUUCUGUGUGUUAACUAGUUCGACUUUCUCUUUCAACCUCCCCUCGUUCACCUACAGGCGCACACGUCUGGUAGUUUUGGGAAAUGGAUGCUGUUCAUUUGACAGAUCAGCAGGUUUGGGAAAAUGAGAAAGGACAUUUAUCUAAAAAAAACAACAACGCGUAACGCCUGUGAUGUUACCUCUUUCUGUCUGAAGACUAAACCUACAAUCUGAGUCUCUGAUCAUUUCAAAUGAAUCAACACACAUCGGUGUUGUUAAGCACUUUGGUCCUAGUAAGUUGAUGGAUUUUUUUAUUUUUUUUAAAAGGUAUGAAAGAUCAGCAAAGGAAAUGUUUGCGUACUGUGGAAUUUGGUAAUGGAUGGGCGCUGACGCUCACGAAACGCAACACUUGAUCCAAAGCGAGAGAAAUUGCUCAAGUGCACCAAGGAUGCUGCGGUUCCAUUUUGUUAGGUAAUGUAAACAGGGGCUUGUAGCUUUAAAGUGAUGUUACUUAGGUAACCCGCCUAGGUUUCAGCCCCACUAAGCCCACAGUGGGGCCACACCACUACCUGCUGGACAGGUAGGAAAUAAAUCCGGAACACGAUCGACCUGUUUCUCCAGUGAACCACGGAGCAGCGUCACCGAUCUGCUUCUGUGCUGCCUCUUUGUGUCUAAAACGGUCUAAGUGCUCGCUUGUUAACUUCGCUGUCCACUUUGAAGAUUCACUUUCAUGUCCGGGCUGGUUUAUUAUAGUGUGUCUUCCGAGAGACUUACAGCUCCGGCCAAUUAGUUGCUUCAUGUCUUUUGUUUAUGGCUUUGGUGUAAUCCUGUCAGAGAAAGAGGGGAAGGGGCUUCUUUUGUUUUCCUCUUGUCGCUUUAGUCGUCAUUUGACCACUAGGGAGCACUGCCCCUAUGACUAAAGGAAAUCCAAACAAAAGAACAGCUUAAAAGUAUGUGGGCUUUUCCAUUUUUAUAUAUAUAUAUAUAUAUAGAUAGAUAUAUAUCUAUCUAUAUAUAUAUUCUCCCUACUAUGCAAAAUUGACAUUCUUCUCAGCGGGUCAUUGCCAUACAGAGAUAAUGUGAUGAGCGUGGGCUCUCACACUGACAUUUUCCCCCACGGCAUUCAUAAUUGACUGCAGAAACAAAUAAGUUGUCAGAGAUUGUAAUUGGCUACUCAGUGGAGCCCGUCCGCAGCAGCUUUAAUGUGGAGGGGAGGGGGAGAAGAAAAAAGACGGUCUAACGGUCGGAGGGAGCGACCGGGCAGAACCGCAAAACCUCUCUCUCUGUAAGGGACAAUCAGCAGACGCGAGUCAGGGAAACGAGCUCCUUUCCCCGAUGAUGAUAGGCCUGUCGGUGAGAUGAGUGUGUCCAUCAGGUGAACCCUGCGUAGCCUUAAAUCUUCACAAUAAAAUGCACUAGAGUAGAAACGAGCAUCUUCUCAGGAGAGAGAGAGAUUGAGAGGAGAGCUUUUAUACCUCGGCUUUGAAACGAAGGAAAUGUUUGUACUAUAAAAAAAAAGAAAUGGUACACAACUGUUCUAUUCUCAACAUUGUAAAAAAAAAAAAAAAAGAGAGAGAGAGAGAAAAAAAGGGCAAAUGUGUAAAUAUGAUUUCUGUAUAAAACAAUCAAAUGUAAAAAAAAAAAUUAAUUGUUCCAUUUGUGAUUUAAUGCAACAUUUUGUAAGAAUGUUUUAUUUAUGUUUUAUCCUCGCCCUCUGGGGUGAUAAACAAUGUAAAGUCACAUUUCUCUCAUAAUGAUAAUAAAAUAAAAUAAAAAAUAAUGGACAUUUUGAA